AUGGCGGACAAUCCAGCCGAGCCCUCCAAGAGCGCCCUUAAAAAGGCAGAAAAGCAAGCCAAGAUGGCCGCAGACAAAGCCGCAAAAGCUGCGAAGCAAGCGACAGUAGCCGUCGUAGGAGGAAAGAAAACCGACGAUAUCAUCGGUAUCACAGUCUCCAAGACAGACAAUUUCUCAGCUUGGUAUCAGGAAGUUGUUUUGAAGGCGGAAAUGAUUGAAUACUAUACCGAAAUCUCUGGAUUCUUCAUUCUGCGCCCGUCAUCCAUGUAUAUCUGGAACACGAUCCGAAAAUGGUUCCAGGAGCGCAUUGAAGCUAUGGAUGUUGAGGAGGCUAGUUUUCCCAUGUUCUUGUCGUCAAAAUCUUUAGAGAAGGAGAAGGAUCACGUUGAGGGGUUUGCUCCAGAACUUGCUUGGGUCACGAAAGCUGGUGAUAAGGAUCUCGAAGUCCCAGUCGCCGUUCGUCCCACCUCCGAAGCCGUAAUGUAUCCAUACUACUCAAAGUGGAUUAGGAGUCAUCGAGAUCUUCCGUUGCGACUCAACCAGUGGAAUAGUGUUGUACGAUGGGAGGCAAAGCAAACUACCCCCUUCCUUCGAGCGAGAGAGUUUUUGUGGCAAGAAGGUCACACGGCGCAUUUCACAGAAGAAUUGGCUGGUGAAGAGGUUCUCCAAAUUCUCGAAUUGUAUGCAGGUGUCUAUGAGCAGCUGCUUGCUGUUCCUGUUGUUCGAGGCCGAAAGACCGAGAAGGAGAAGUUCGCGGGAGGUUAUUACACUACAACUGUGGAGGGUUACAUUCCAUCUAAUGGACGUGGUAUCCAAGGUGCGACAUCUCAUUGCUUAGGUCAAAAUUUCAGCAAGAUGUUUGAUAUCACAGUUGAGGACCCAACUCCAAAAGCCGACGGCGUAGAGAAAUCUCCACCAAUUCACGUAUGGCAAAACUCCUGGGGUUUAUCCACUCGAGUCAUUGGAGUCAUGGUAAUGAUCCACGGUGAUGACAAGGGCCUUGUUCUUCCCCCAAGAAUCUCAAAACUACAAGUUAUUAUCAUUCCCGUUGGAAUAAACAAGAAGACUACCCCAGAGGAAAAGUCGAAACACUACGACCAACUUCAAGAACUAAAGGACACGCUCAAGAAGGAAGGUGUCCGCGCCGAUUACGAUAUUCGAGACAGUUAUACCCCAGCUUGGAAAUUCAAUGACUGGGAACUCAAGGGUGUUCCAAUCCGACUCGAAUACGGACCUCGUGACGCCGCCGAAAAGCAAGUUUCCUACGCUCGUCGCGAUACUGGCGAGAAAGGAAGUCUUAAAAUCGACAGCCUAGCGUCUACCGUCCCAGCUCUUCUUGAGAAAAUCCAAAACGAUAUGUACACCAAGGCCGAAGCCAAUUUCCGAGCUCAUCGCAUUGUAAUUAACAAAUGGGAAGAGGUCGUGCCUGCUCUCGACGCCAAGAACGUUGUAUUGAUUCCUCACUGUCUAGCCGAGAAGUGCGAGGACAAGAUUAAGAAUUUGACGACUGGAACACAAGAGGAAGCUGAAGGACCAGCGGAAUUGAAAGCGCCCAGUAUGGGAAUGAAGAGUUUGUGUAUUCCGUUCGAGCAACCAGAGGGCCUGGUUAAGGGAGAGACCAAAUGUUUGAACCCUGAAUGUACCGCUUUGGCGGAGAAGUGGUGUAUGUUCGGGAGGAGUUAUUAG